UAACUGAGACCUGUGUAGAAGCAUCCUGCUCCUUCACUAGAAGACAAAGCAAGGAGAAUUCUCUAAAAAGAAAAAGGAUGGAUGUUCCUUAUGAAGGACCUGAGCCCCAACCUGAGGAGACACCGGAAAAAAGGAGGAGAACAGAGACAGAAGAGAAUGAUGUGAACAGAGAAAAGACUACGAAUGAGUCAAAGGCAUCCUGCUCCUUUGCUAGAAGACAAUGCAAGGAGAAUCCUCUGAAAAGAAAAAGGAUGGAUGUUCUUCACGAAGAACCUGAGCUCCAGCCGGAGGAGACAGCAGAAAAAAGGAGGAGAACAGAAACAGAAGAGAAGGGAACACAGCCUGUUAGAAGAAUCAACGCUUUUCGAAUCGCAAAGUUUCGUGGACGCUACAUUAUGAAAGAGCUGCUGGGUAGAGGAGCCUACGGUUACGUCUACGCAGGUGUCCGGAAGUCGGAUGGGAAAAAGGUGGCCCUGAAAUUUGUGCUCAAAGGAGGAAAUGAACCAUUUAUCACUCUUCCCGGUGACACACGCAGACUCCCUGUUGAGGUGGCGCUAAUGGAGCUUGUGUGCAAGACGCCUCGCUGUCCAUAUGUGAUAGAGCUGCUGGAAUGGUUCGAGACACCCACAUCCUUCAUCUUGGUCCUGGAGCGGCCCGACCCCUGCAUUGAUCUCUACAAGUACUGUAGAUUUCUACGCAAGAAAGUGCCUGAAUCUCUGGCUCAAAUCAUCAUGCAGCAGGUAGUUCGAGCUGCAUGUCACUGCCGUGACCGGGGUGUGCUCCAUCGAGACAUCAAGGAAGGAAACCUUCUCCUGAACCCUCAGACUCUUGAAGUGAAGCUGAUCGAUUUCGGUUGUGGUGAGCUGCUUAAGGACACCCCCUACAAGGAAUAUGCAGGCACGCGACGUUACUUCCCACCUGAAUGGAUUGUUGGAAAAGAGUACAAUGCCGAACCUGCUACCGUCUGGAGUCUGGGAAUACUCCUGUACAGCUUGUUACAUGGAGAAGAGCCUUUUUUUGGAGCACAAGAGAUUGUUGAUGGCGACCUGUAUUUCACUGAUGACCUGUCUGAAGCCUGCUGGAGUCUGAUAAGGUGGUGUCUGCAACGGGACCCUCAAAGAAGACCGACCCUGGAGCAGAUCCUCACACAUGACUGGUUCUGAGGCCAGACUCCUUACCUAAGCACCCUGGGGUCGCCGUGGGGUGGUGAGAAUCUCCUCAAUGCCUUCUGUGUGUGCUGAAACGUUCCAACAAAGCCAUGAAGUGGCGCAAGUUUUGAUUGCGUGCAUAAACUGGCAGAAGAGUUGUGUCGAUCAGCUCCCUCACAAUGGGACAACACCAGAUUGGAGUAUUUGUUCCACUACUAGCAGUAGAACCGCUAAGGUACUGCAACUGCGUGCCAUAUGUGAUACAGUAGAACAUCUGUGCACACGAACACAGAGAGAGAACCAGACCCAGUGUGGAGAAUGAAGGGUAAAGGGAUGGGUGUUAUCCUGUUAACGUAGCAGGCCCAGCAGCGAACAGCGCACGGUGCAAUGAGGGGGAACCCACUCAAGCGGGUUUGGGGGGAGAAUAAAGGCUAAAGAGAGGGUGUGUGGCAAUCACACUCAAGUAGAUAAUUCUGAGGAACAGCUCAACCUAGCAGAGAGAUGAUGAAAGAGUGGAGGGAACCUGAGUUCAGCCCCAGUAUGCGCGUUUGCAGAGUCCUGCUACAUAAAGUUGAUUUUGGGAGUAAGUGUGCGGUAUGGCACGAGGGCACCACUCAGCCACCACUCGCAGCACUUAUUAACAGGCUUGAACAGUGGUAGGUAGAGUUACACACACACAGAAGAAGGUAACUGGUUGAUUUUCACUGCCCCUGGUGUCUAGGAGGGAUGAAAAAACAUCCAUGAAUUCAUCCCUGAGACAAUAAACUUCAUUGCUGUGUAUUGGCCAUGUCUGAUUUCUUAUAGUAAAUAAGUUCAGAUGAAACCUAUACUAACUUGAUUUUCAGAUGUGCUGGCCUUCUUCAAGUGAUUUUUUUUUUUUGACGGCAGAGACAGACAUUUGCAAUAUUACAAAUGCAGUUUGUAAAAUCAUUUCAAACCUUUUGAAAGCUUUGUGUGAUUUGAAAUAUUACCCUGCAGUGGAUAUGACUAGUUUCUUCAAUUCAGGUUUACAUUUACAUUUUUGUAUAAAUAUAGAGUCAUGUAAAAAAUUACAAACUGCACUUU